CAUGUCAUAUGUUUAGCUUAGCCUUCUCUGUCAGCUGCGAGGGUUAUAUAUGCGAUAAAUGCAGGGAAAUAGUUUGGCUGACAGAGAAGAUCUUCGAAUUAGAGUCUCGCAUCCAAUCUUUAUCUGAGGAUAGUAAGAGUUUAACGACGAUAGAAAACACUUUGGAUGCGAGCAACAUUAGCGCACACAGCUCGGUUCCGGUUGAAAAUCCCCCGCAGCUGGGAAACUUCGUGACUGUGAGACGGCGUAGUCGCAGGACAAAACAUCACUCGACCGUUCCGAUUACAGUCUCGAACAGGUUUGCCCCGCUCAGUGACGCACCGACUGAGAAACCUGCUGAAAGUGCCCUAGUUAUCGGUGAUUCUAUUGUUCGGAACGUUAACAUAGAGGCACCAGCCACCAUAGUCAAAUGUUUACCGGGAGCCAGAGCGCCUGACAUCAAGUCAAAUUUAAAUGUGCUGGCUAAGGCUAAUCGUAAAUUCAGUAAGAUUGUCAUUCACGUCGGCACAAAUGAUGUUCGACUCCGUCAAUCGGAGAUCACAAAAGAUAACAUUAAAGAGGUGUGUGAGCUCGCAAGCAUGAUGUCAGACACUGUAAUAUUCUCUGGCCCCCUCACUGCUUAUCGUGGUGAUGAGAUUUAUAGCAGAUUAUCAUCACUAAAUGGCUGGUUGUCUGAGUGGUGCCUGCAGAAUGAUAUAGUUUUUAUAAAUAACUGGAAGAGUUUUGAGGGCAGACCUGACCUGUUGAAACGAGAUGGUCUCCAUCCCUCCUGGGCUGGGGCUUCCAUCCUGUCUAGAAAUAUGGCAAAAAGUCUUAAUAAUGCUAAUGCUAAAGCUUGACUCGCUGGGGCCAAAAAUAAAUCGUCAGUGACUUCUGAUCCUGUAUAUCAGCAUAGCAGUGAUGAAUUUAUGAACUACUUCACAUAUAAAAUCCAAGAUAUUAGAUAAAAAAUUAUAACAAUGCAAUCAGAAGUGAAACCCGCUGAACAAACUAACUACAGCGCCCUUAAGGAGAUAAUGCAAUUAUUUUAUUCCGUAGAUCAAGAUGAGCUGUCUAAAAUCAUUAGAUCAUCUAAAUCAACAACAUGCAUGCUAGACCCUAUACCUACAAAUCUACUGAAAGAGAUGCUCCCAGAAAUUAUAGAUCCUCUU